UUCGUUUCUUCACGUCGGCGCCUGAAGCCAUCAUCCCCAACAGCUUUAUUCCCCCGCCACCAUCAUGCGCGCGAUGCCUGGCCCUGGCCCUGGCCCUGGCCCUGGCCCUUGUGCCAGCCGAGCCCUUCGUGCGCGUCCCCUCCAUCAGUGACCUGUCGCUAUUAUUUUUUUUUUCUGCCCAAACUUCUUCUUCUUCCCCGACGCCGCCGCCUUGAUUACCUCCGAUCCGCCAGCGUAGGUCCUCGCAUCCGUGUUGAACGCGCGCGCGCGCGCGCUGCCAGCUUGCGCCAUGAGACCUGCCGCGCCGUUCGGCGAUCGUGCUGCAGGCUGCCGCCGCGGGCUGAAUGCACCGCCAGCUGCCGCCGCGGCGACGAUGAGGGUCAUGGUGCGGACGCUGCGCGGGGAGCGGGUGGCGCUGGACGUCGACGGCGCCGCCACGGUGGCGCGGCUCAAGGGCAUGGUCAUGGCCCGGGAGGGCGUCGCGGCCGACGCGCAGCGGCUCUUCUUCGCCGGCCGCCACCUCGACGACGACGCGCUGCCCCUCGCGCACUACGGCGUGCGCCACGGCUCCGUCGUCUUCCUCAGCCUCCGCCUCCGCGCCGGCGAAGAAGCCGGCGCCUCGCAGCAGGAGACGACGCGUGACGUGCAACUGCAGCCAGAGCAGCCUGCUGUGACCGUGAGGCAACUGAUCAACGAGCAGCAGCAGCAGCUGAUGCUUUUCGACGACGACCACGGCCGCGCCGCCGCCGAGGAGGCCAUCAUCAAGAGGAAGCCGGUGUCGCGGCGCUCGCUCCGGAAGAUCCUCUCGCGGCUGCACGUGGACGUGUGGACGGCCCAGCACGACGCCAAGUUCCUGGACCUGCUGCUGCGGCACACGCGCGGCGGCGGCGGCCAUACCGUGGACGACCUCACCGCGGGCGACUGGCGGGCCAUCCGCGCCGAGCUGAACGCGGCCACGAGGUCCGCGUUCCCCGUCGAGGAGCUGCAGCGGCGGCUGGCCGAGUUCCGGCGCGAGUUCGAGGCCGUGAGCCGGAUCAAGGACCACCACGGGUUCAUCUACGACGCGCGCCGCCGGGUCGUCGUCGCCACGGAGGCCGAGUGGAAGCGCUACGUGCUGGAGAACCCCGAGGCGGUGGCGUACGAGGGGAGGAGCCCGCACUUCGGUCGCCUCCGAGCGAUCUUCUCCGGCGCCGGCGGCGGUUCGGAGACGCGUGGGCGCGGCGGGGCCGCGAGGAGCCGUGCGUCGCGGGCGCAGAGAUGCCUCAGCAAACUGCUUCGCAGCUUCGGGCUCCGGUGUAAGUUGUAAAAGGAGUUUUUCUUUUUCACACUGUUGUAGCCGUGUAGCCGAUUCAUAUGUAUGCUGGCCUGGCUGAUACGCGAGAGACCAGUGGCUAGUGCUCCAUUGCGCGCAUCUUGUACAGGAACACCGCCGUACCGCACUUUCUCCUGUUUAUCUCGUGCGUCUCAGACUUCUAGUGAUCGGUGUUCAUCGUCUUGU